CUUUUACUUGAAGCAGCUAAUGGGCAAACUGCUAAUGUAAUAAAUGGGAAAUCUAUUGCAAGAGCUAUUAGAGCAGGAAUAGCCAAUGAAAUUUGCAGAAUGAAGGAAACCAUUGUAAAAUCCCCAGGAUUGGCUAUUGUGUUGGUUGGCAGAAGAAGGGAUUCACGAACUUUUAUUCAUGUCAAGUUAAAAGCUUGUGAAGAAGUUGGGAUAACGACCUAUGUAGAGGAGUUGCCUGAAGAAUGUACAGAAGAUGAAGUUCUGCGUGUUGUUUCCAGAUUAAAUAAUAACCCAUCAGUUAAUGGUAUUAUUGUGCAACUCCUUUGCCCCCAGCAUGUGGAUGAAGAGAGAAUCAUCAAUUUUGUGAGCCCAGAGAAAGACGUGGAUGGCUUCCAUCACCUCAAUAUGGGAAACCUUGCCAUGAAAGGAAGGGAGCCACUUUUUAUUCCUUGUGCUCCUAAGAGUUGUAUUGAGUUGUUGUUAAGGUCUGGCGUGGAAAUCAUGGGAAAGAGAGCUGUGGUAGUCGGGAGAAGCAAGAUCGUUGGGUUACCCACUUCUUUGCUAUUGCAGAGGCACCAUGCAACAGUCAGCACAGUACAUUCUUUCACCAAAAAUCCAGAACAGAUUACAAGAGAAGCUGACAUUGUGAUUGCUGAUGUGGGGAUACCCAAUUUAAUCCGUGGCAGUUGGCUAAAACCGGGAGCUGUUGUAGUGGAUAUGGGGACCAAUCAAGUUCAGGAUCCUGGCAUUGAUCAAGGUUUCCGCAUCGCGGGAGACGUUUGCUAUGAAGAAGCAAUCAAAGUUGUGUCAGCCAUUACUCCUGUGCCAGGAGGCGUGGGACCAGUAACAAUUGCGAUGCUUCUGUCUAAUACUCUCGACUCUGCUAAGCGUGCAUUUGGAUUCAUAUGAAAGCUGAGGUUGGUCCCCCAGUAUAGCUUUUGUAACAGAAAAAGUGUUUU